CUUUAUAGGAAUCCAAUUGAAGAGAGUCAGACGGGAUGGCUAGCUCAGCCCGGGAGCAUUUGCUUUUUGUGCGGCGUAGAAACCCCCAGAUGCGUUAUACACUGAGUCCUGAGAAUCUGCAGAGCCUUGCUGCCCAGAGCUCCCUGCCAGAGAACAUGACCCUCCAGCGAGCCAACAGCGACACAGAUCUAGUGACUUCAGAGAGCCGCUCCAGCUUGACUGCUAGCAUGUAUGAGUACACACUGGGGCAAGCCCAGAACCUCAUCAUCUUCUGGGACAUUAAGGAGGAGGUGGACCCCAGUGAUUGGAUUGGACUUUAUCAUAUAGAUGAGAAUUCUCCAGCCAACUUCUGGGAUUCUAAAAACAGGGGUGUGACCGGAACACAAAAAGGACAAAUUAUAUGGAGAAUUGAGCCUGGACCCUAUUUUAUGGAACCGGAGAUCAAAAUCUGUUUUAAAUACUACCACGGCAUCAGCGGAGCCCUGCGAGCCACGACCCCCUGCAUCACGGUGAAGAAUCCUGCUGUGAUGAUGGGGGCAGAAGGCAUGGAAGGAGGUGCUUCAGGAAGUCAGUAUUCUAAGAAACUCGUUAACUUUACACUAUCAGAUCUUAGGGCAGUUGGGCUCAAGAAAGGCAUGUUCUUCAAUCCUGAUCCUUAUCUUAAGAUGUCCAUCCAGCCAGGUAAGAAGAGCAGUUUCCCCACCUGUGCCCACCAUGGGCAGGAGAGAAGGUCUACCAUCAUCAGUAACACCACAAAUCCAAUUUGGCAUCGAGAGAAAUAUUCCUUUUUUGCACUUCUGACUGAUGUCUUAGAAAUUGAGAUUAAAGACAAAUUUGCCAAGAGCCGUCCUAUCAUCAAGCGUUUUCUGGGGAAAUUAACCAUCCCAGUCCAGAGGCUACUGGAGCGGCAGGCCAUUGGUGAUCAAAUGCUCAGCUACAAUCUUGGCAGAAGGCUCCCAGCUGACCACGUGAGUGGGUACCUCCAGUUUAAAGUGGAGGUUACAUCUUCUGUUCAUGAAGAUGCUUCUCCAGAGGCUGUGGGCACAAUACUUGGAAUCAAUUCUUUGAAUGGAGACCUAGGAAGCCCUUCUGAUGAGGAGGACAUGCCAGGGGGCCACCAUGAUGGCCCAAUGUGUUCCAAUGGACCAGUGUCUGAAGAAAGUACCAUGGAUGGGACCCCCAAACAUUCUUUCAGGACUAGCUCCACUCUAGAAAUAGACACAGAGGAAUUAGCCUCUACUUCUUCAAGGACCUCACCUCCCAGAGGACGUCAGGAUUCACUCAAUGAUUAUUUAGAUGCUAUCGAACAUAAUGACCAUCCCAGACCAGGGGCAGCUUCCUGUUCAGAGAGGACCAUGGGAGCCUCUCCAAAGCUAAGGAGUAGUUUUCCCACUGACACAAGACUCAAUGCAAUGCUUCAUAUCGACUCAGAUGAAGAAGAUCAUGAGUUUCAGCAAGACUUGGGUUAUCCAUCUUCCUUGGAGGAGGAGGGUGGUUUAAUAAUGUUUAGCAGGGCAUCAAGAGCUGAUGAUGGGAGCCUGGCAUCUCAGAGAAAGCCAGAAGAUAACCCAGUUGAGAAUGACGAAGACUCCACAAAUGAAGCCACUUCCUUCAAGGAGAAGCCGGAAAGUCUUCCAGAGCUUGCAGGUAGCUCCUUACCCUCAGACCCAGCUCCAGAUGAAAAUGAAAAUGACCCAGAGUCUCAGCCAAUUGCUGAGCAGGGGAGCAGUGAGUUGUGUGGCUCUCAAGAGGUGGAUCAGCCCACAAGUGGGGCAGACACGGGGACUUCUGAUACGUCAGGAGGAAGCCGAAGAGCCACCAGUGAAACUGAGUCCCUUGAUCAGGGGUCUGAGCCUUCCCAGGUGUCCUCUGAAACAGAGCCGAGUGACCCUGCCAGGACAGAGAGUGUGAGCGAGGCCAGCACCAGACCCGAGGGAGAAAGUGACCUGGAAGGUGCCGAUAGCUCCUGCAACGAGAGCGUGACCACACAGCUGUCCUCAGUAGAGACGCGCUGCUCGUCUCUUGAGAGUGCCCGGUUUCCUGAAACUCCAGCUUUUUCUUCUCAGGAGGAGGAAGAUGGAGCUUGUGCAGCAGAACCCACCAGCAGUGGCCUUGUCGAAGGGUCACAGGAUACCAUAUGCACUCCGGGUUCUUUACCUGUGGUGCAGGUGCCCAGUGGGGAGGAGGAAGGGCCAGGGGCAGAAUCAGCCUCUUUGCCUGACCAAGAGGAAAUGGGGGAGGUCUGGCAGCGGAGGGGGAGCCUGGAGGGAGCCACUGCUGCUGCUGAGAACCAACCUCAAGAAGAGGGUGACCCUGGGGAUGCCCAAGGCACUUGUGAAGGGGCCACUGCCCAGGAGGAAGGUGCAACUGGAGGUUCCCAAGCCAAUGGCCACCAGCCACUGAGAUCACUACCUUCAGUGCGCCAGGACGUGAGCCGGUACCAGAGGGUGGACGAGGCUCUCCCACCAAACUGGGAGGCACGCAUUGACAGCCACGGGAGGAUCUUCUACGUGGAUCAUGUAAACCGAACCACAACGUGGCAGCGGCCAACAGCUCCCCCAGCCCCACAGAUGCUUCAGAGAUCCAACUCCAUACAGCAAAUGGAGCAGCUGAACCGGCGAUAUCAGAGUAUCCGAAGAACUAUGACUAACGAGAGACCUGAGGAAAACAGCAAUACUCUUGAUGGGGCAGGGGAGGAAGGCGACUUUCAUCAAGCCAGUGCAGAUUUCCGACGGGAGAACGUGCUGCCCCACUCGACCUCCCGGUCCAGACUCACACUGCUGUUACAGUCUCCCCCUGUGAAGUUCCUCACCAGCCCAGAGUUCUUCACCGUGCUGCAUUCGAACCCUAGUGCCUACCGCAUGUUUACAAACAACACGUGUUUGAAGCACAUGAUCACCAAAGUCCGGCGGGACACCCACCACUUUGAACGUUACCAGCAUAAUCGGGACCUUGUGGGAUUCCUUAACAUGUUUGCAAACAAACAGCUGGAACUGCCAAGGGGCUGGGAAAUGAAACACGACCAUCAGGGCAAGGCAUUUUUUGUAGACCACAAUUCCCGUGCCACCACUUUCAUCGAUCCUCGGCUCCCUCUUCAGAGCAGUCGACCCACAAGCGCAUUGGUUCAUCGGCAGCACUUGUCCAGGCAACGAAGUCACAGUGCGGGUGAGGUAGGAGAAGAUUCCCGCCAUGCAGGACCACCGGUUCUUCCCAGGCCUUCCAGUACUUUCAACACAGUUAGUAGACCACAGUACCAGGACAUGGUUCCAGUGGCUUAUAAUGACAAGAUUGUUGCAUUUCUGCGUCAGCCCAAUAUCUUUGAAAUCCUACAGGAACGUCAACCUGAUCUUACCAGGAAUCACUCACUCAGGGAGAAGAUUCAGUUUAUCCGAACUGAAGGAACCCCAGGACUGGUGCGUCUUUCAAGUGAUGCCGACCUUGUGAUGCUGCUGAGUUUAUUUGAAGAAGAGAUAAUGUCAUAUGUGCCUCCACAUGCCUUACUCCACCCUAGCUACUGUCAGUCCCCACGCGGCUCCCCCGUGUCCUCGCCUCAAAACUCGCCAGGUACUCAGCGUGCUAACGCCCGGGCUCCAGCACCUUACAAGCGAGAUUUUGAAGCCAAACUACGGAACUUCUACAGGAAAUUAGAGACUAAGGGAUAUGGACAAGGCCCAGGAAAACUAAAGUUAAUCAUCAGAAGAGAUCACUUACUAGAAGAUGCUUUUAAUCAGAUUAUGGGCUACUCCAGAAAAGACCUGCAGAGAAAUAAGCUAUAUGUCACAUUUGUCGGGGAGGAAGGGCUGGAUUACAGUGGACCUUCCAGAGAAUUUUUCUUCCUGGUAUCCAGAGAACUCUUUAACCCAUAUUAUGGCUUAUUUGAAUAUUCAGCCAAUGACACAUACACAGUACAAAUAAGUCCUAUGUCUGCAUUUGUAGACAAUCACCAUGAAUGGUUUCGGUUCAGUGGUCGGAUCCUUGGUCUUGCACUAAUUCACCAGUAUUUGUUGGAUGCCUUCUUCACACGGCCGUUUUAUAAAGCUCUUCUCAGAAUUCUGUGUGACCUAAGUGAUCUCGAAUAUCUUGAUGAAGAGUUCCACCAGAGCCUGCAGUGGAUGAAAGAUAAUGACAUCCAUGACAUCCUGGACCUCACGUUCACUGUGAAUGAAGAAGUCUUUGGGCAGAUUACUGAACGAGAAUUGAAGCCAGGGGGUGCCAAUAUCCCAGUCACAGAGAAGAAUAAAAAGGAAUACAUUGAGAGGAUGGUGAAGUGGAGGAUUGAGAGGGGUGUUGUACAACAGACAGAGAGCUUAGUGCGUGGUUUCUAUGAGGUGGUGGAUGCCAGGCUGGUGUCAGUUUUUGAUGCAAGAGAACUGGAACUGGUCAUUGCAGGCACAGCUGAAAUCGACUUAAGUGAUUGGAGGAACAACACUGAAUAUAGAGGAGGAUACCAUGACAAUCAUAUUGUAAUUCGAUGGUUCUGGGCUGCAGUGGAAAGAUUCAACAAUGAACAACGGCUAAGGCUGUUACAGUUUGUCACAGGUACGUCCAGCAUUCCCUAUGAAGGAUUUGCUUCUCUUCGAGGGAGUAACGGCCCAAGAAGGUUCUGUGUAGAGAAGUGGGGGAAAAUCACCGCUCUUCCAAGGGCUCAUACUUGUUUUAACCGUCUGGAUCUGCCCCCAUACCCAUCCUUCUCCAUGCUUUAUGAAAAACUCUUAACAGCAGUUGAAGAGACAAGUACCUUUGGACUUGAGUGACCUGGAAGCGCAAUGCCUAGCAAUCUCAGAAGCUGCCCUCUGGAAGAAAGAAUGAAGAUUGGAAGUUUCAAGAGUACAGUUAUAGUAGCAUAGAGCAGAUGGCUGUGAUUUUCCAGGAACACAUGCUUUGUCACUUUUGGAGACGGGAUAGUGAUGUUGAGUCCUCUUGGAAAAAUUUGGAUGAGCUUGAUACCCAUGGAACAGCCCAACAGUCUUUCAAUCAACAAUUCUACUUGACUGCCAAACUUUUCCCAUUUGUUAUGUUCCAAGACAGACAUGAACUGUAUAUGAUCGGCUCUAUGGUAACUUUUCAGGACUCAGGAGAAUCUUGCAACUUACCUUUGAAUGUGGCUGAAGCCAAACUGACUUGGCCCAUCUCCAAAUUAUUGCAAGCUAAAUAAUAUAAUAAAAAUAAAUAUAUUUCCUGAAAGUACAUUCAUUUAAGCCCUAAAUUAUAAGCGAAUGUUCCUUUCUUGCCUAGGAGUGCCUGCAUGGUGUGCAACAUAGGUUUCAGCUUUCAUGGAAAAUGAGUGAAAAUGAAACCAAGUCAACAUGAGGUAACUCUAAAGAUUUGCAAUAAGGUGGUCUGUGACAAUUUAUAUGCAAGUGGUAUAUGUGUAAUUAUGGGUAAAGACAAAACUGUUAUACAAUGAAUUGUUAAUGACAGAUUUUAUGCUUUAUAAUGCAUGAAAACAGGUUUAAAAUAACUAGCAAUUAAUCACAGCAUAUCAGGAAAAAGUACACGGUGAGUUCUGGUUUUGUUUUUUUUUAUAUAUAGAACUUCAUUAUAUUUAUGUUCUUUAAGAUGUACAUAAGAGCCUACCUAUCACACUGUAUGUCUCACCUGUUCCAUUUUCAUGUUCCAUGCUUACUUGGGCAUCAUGCUAGUGUAACUUUUAAGUACACUCAAGGGAAAAAGGGGGCCUUUUAUUUUUGUAAAGGUAAAAAAAUUUCUCCAAAGUCUUUUGCACUGAAUGUACCAAAGUUGAAGGGACAUUACAAUAUGACUAACAGCAACUCCAUCACUUGACAAAUAUAAUAGAAAAUAGGUUCUAAAAUCAAACUUCCUUCACAGUGCCAUGUUUACCACUGUGCAUAUAAGUAAUAAUUUUUUUUAAAACUCACUAUAUGUGAUAGUAUAAUAUGCAUUUAUUUAAAAUGCAUUAGACUCUCUUCCAUCCAUCAAAUACUUUACAGGAUGGCAUUUAAUACAGAUAUUUCGUAUUUCCCCCACUCCUUUUUAUUUGUACAGCAUCAUUAAACAUGAAACUCAGUUAGAGAGCCAUCAGCAACACUGAAGACAUCAGAUUUCUAUAGUAAUAAGAAUUCCAUUUUUCCCUCAUCAGUAAAAAUAUCACAAUUUGAAACUCUCAGCACUAUAUUUCUAAGCCUGCAUUUUCACUGAUGCAUCAUUUUCUUAUUAUCACUAUUAAAAAACAGUUUUCUAUGGUAUCUCAGAAACUGCAUGGCAUCAUUAAUUUUAUUUCUACAUAAUUUUACCAAGGGGUGUUCUUCAUUUUAAUUGGUUCUGGGUUUAUUCUACAUCAUUGUUCAUUUCUUGACUUAAGGCUGGAAUGCGUCAGACGCUCAAUAGAGUGAAGUUAAAUUGUGGGUAAUAAAAAUAUUGUAUUAACAUUCGGUUUGUCAGCCUAUGGUUUUACAGGCAUUGUCUGAGCAUUUAUUUGAGAAUUAUAUCUAUAAGUAGCCCUGGAAUUCCUAUUAUGGGAUGUUGGCAUUUUAACAUUUUAUAGAGUUUGUAUGCAUGCCUUAUAUAGGUAGUUUGUAAAACUGGUUGGUCUCCAGUUGGCUAAGCUGCGUUUACCAUAUGAGUCUCAAGAGGAAUACCACUCGUGUUACAACAUUCUGCACUGAAAGCAGGUACCACAGUACAGGGAAAUGUUCUGGGCACAGAAACUUGGAAAUAAGAAAUUAAGGUCUAUGUAAUUAGAUUUGAAACAAAAAGGAGGGCAGAAAAAAAAAAUUAACUGGAAUGUAAGUUAGUGUUUUUUGAUCAUGAAUGUAAUUACAUAUUUAAUUUUGC